CUGCGAAUUUGAAGGAUGACGGAGGCGUGGCAGCAGCAACAUGCAGUGGCUCCACCUUCGGUUGUGCACACACUCCCCCCGGGAACGGAAAACUCUCUGGGCUGCACAGUGUAUGGAGUGGUCCUGCAGCAAGAUGCCUCCAUGCAACAACAACCCCAGCACGGCCAGCAACUUACUGUUCAAGCCCAGCAGCCCUCCUUACAGGUAGGGGGCGAGAGAGGGCACAAGUGUGGAGCCUGUGGCCAUGACAUCUCUCACCUGGCCAACCCUCAUGAGCACCAGUGCAUGGUGAACCAAGACCGAUCCUUCCAGUGUACCCAGUGUAUGAAGAUCUUUAGCCAGGCUACGGACUUGCUGGAGCAUCAGUGUGUGCAGGUGGAGCAGAAGCCUUUUGUGUGCGGUGUCUGCAAGAUGGGCUUCUCUCUGCUCACCUCGCUGGCCCAGCAUCACAACUCGCACGGCAAUGGAAACAACCCAAUGAAAUGCUCCAUCUGUGAGAAAACAUACCGGCCAGGUUCUGGAAAUAACUCACCAACCUCGUCAGCUGCCAACCCCCAGCAGCCCUCCACUGGUGAGACGUCCAGUGACGGUGCAGCAAUCAGUGCCUCGUCUCCUCCUUCCUUUGAGGCCUCUGCACCAGACCGACCAUAUAAGUGCUCAGUGUGCCAUAAGUCCUUCAGGCAUUUGUCAGAGCUAACCCGCCACGAGAGAGUGCACACCGGUGAAAAGCCAUAUAAAUGUGACACUUGUGAUAAAAGUUUCAGCCAGUCUUCUCAUCUAGCGCACCACCAGCGGACACACAGCUCCGAGCGGCCGUACAAAUGUGCCGUGUGCGAGAAAAGCUUUAAGCACCGCUCUCACCUCGUGCGGCACAUGUACGCUCAUUCAGGCGAGCACCUCUUCAAGUGCAAUUUGUGUGAAAUGCACUUUAAGGAGUCAUCGGAGCUCCUGCACCAUCAGUGCCAGCCGGAAGGGGAGAGACCUUUCCGCUGUGGUUCUUGUGGAAAAAGCUUCAAACGCCCAUCUGAUCUGCGGCAGCAUGAACGCACGCACUCAGAGGAGCGACCUUUCCAGUGCGAGGAGUGUCAGAUGAGCUUCAAACAGCAGUACGCUCUCGUACGCCACCGACGCACACACAAAAAUCCAGCUGAUCGCCCCUUCAAGUGUAACCUCUGUGACAAGGGGUUCCUCCAGCCAUCCCACCUGCUUUACCACCAGCAGGUUCACGGCAUGGAAAGUCUGUUCAAGUGUGCGUCCUGCCAGAAGUCUUUCAGCCAGUCAGGAGAACUGCUAAGGCACAAAUGUGGCGGGGAGGUCGAGAAGCCCUACAAGUGCGAGGUGUGUGGCAAAGGUUACAAAAAGAAUUCAACGCUGCAGCGCCACCAGAACUCUCACUGCACAGAGAAGCCGCUGAAAUGCUCCCUGUGCGACAAGCGCUUUGUGUCUUCCUCCGAGUUUGUUCAGCACCGCUGUGACCCGACCCGCGAGAAGCCGCUGAAAUGUCCCGACUGUGAAAAACGCUUCAGGUACUCUUCCGAGCUGCAGCGCCACCGCCGAGUUCACACAGGGGAGAAGCCUUUCAAAUGCGCCAGCUGUGACAAGAGCUUCAAGCAACGCGAGCACCUGGCCAAGCACCAGAGCGUGCACUCGCGGGAGACACAGUUUAAGUGUGUGUGGUGCGGGGAGCGUUUUGUUGACCUCACAGCACUGCAGGAGCACACAGUCCAGCACACUGCUGAGGGGGAGAGUUUCCCUGAAGCACAAUGCAUCCCAUGAACUGAACUGCUCUACAGUCCUGGGGAGCAAACAUGACAUUCACCCUCGAAGGAACUUAUGCCAGCCUCCGCUCCCCCAUUUGUAGUGUAUAACAAAGAACCAUUAAUUAGUUUAAUGUUUUUGUUGAGUCAUGACUGAAUUCAUCCUCAUUCUUUGUUGUUUAUUCAUCGUCAAUAACCGUCUUAUUUUGGAACACAUGGAAAAAAACGAAUGAAAAAGGUGUAACAAUAUGGUAAGAUCUGGGUUUUGUUUUGUGCGGGACAUUAUUCUGUGGUUGCACGUGAUCGUCUGUUUUGUAACUGUUAAUUCUGUUGUUGAGAAUGAUGAAAAGACCUUCCAGACAGUGUGUGUGUGUGUGUGUGUGUGUGUGUGUGUGUGUGUGUGUGUGUGUGUGUGUGUGUGUGUGUGUGUGUGUGUGUGUGUGUGUGUGUGUGUGUGUGUGUGUCUAAGCUCCUCUGAGAUCCAUGUGCCUUUUUGCACCGAUUCAUUCUGUGUUUUUUUUCUUGACGUCACGUCCAGUUUUAGCCGAUAAUUCCCUCCCAUCCGUAUACAGCGGCUGGCUUGUGCAGCAGUAUCUUUUCACAUAUUAGAUCUUAGGUAGUAUCAUCUGUUUGUGCAUGCAUAUUUAUCACACUUUAAUAUCACUGUUGUAUUAUAGGUUUGGUUUAUUUAGGAAAACAUCCUAUGAAGAAGAAAAAAAGUGGAUUUGUGAAAAUGUAUAGCCCGUGUCCUAUGAACUCUGUGUUGUUGCAUCUUUGUAUUAAAACAAACGACAUAUAGGUAACUAACCCAUACCUUUCAUGUCAUACAAACACUUGACAUGUGCAAUAGAAUAUGCACAAUGUAAUAUUUAUGACUACUGAUUCAUGGCAUAGUCUACUCUGUUAUAUUAUAGAUUGUGUGUAUAAGCUUAUGUAAACAUUGAAAACUGUAUAGUGCUUAUGUUACCUGCUUUUGUAUUCACUAUGAAUGAGCUUGCAGUAUUUUGCAAGACAUUUUAGUUUCAAUUCCACAUGGAUUAUCGGAAGAUUUAACCCGACAAGACUUUAAAGCAUUAUAUAACUCACUUGCCACAAACUAGCUGCAUUAGUUACUGUGCGA